CUGGAGAUCUGCAAUCUCUCACUCUACCACUGAGCUAUGACCCCCUCGAAAGCAUAUAUAAUGAAAGAAAUAUAAAUAGAUAACAGUUUAAGACUUUUUUGGUAACGAAACUCCCCCAUUUUCUCGUUACCGCGCUUCUAGCAUUUACGUACGUUUACGUACUAUCCUCACCCAACAUGGAUCCUUUGGUACAGUUGCGCGAAUGCAUAUCCAAAAAUGGUACAAUUGUGCUUCUAUCAUCUGAAAAUCCUACUUCAAAAGUGUCUGCUUUGCAAGAUGCUCAUUUUGUACAAUUUGGAUCAAAUACACCCAUGAACUUGUCCCUUCCGACGCGUUUCAUUCGCACAGAAAACAAAGAGGCAUUUCCUCUACAAGCAGUUGUUUUUGCUUGGCUGCAAAAAGAAAAAAGUAUCGCUGAUUACAUUCAACAGUGUUCCGAACUAGGCAUUAAGAACCUUACCUUUUUGGAACGGACUGACUUGAUCAGUUGGCUGGAAGGAGCCGCUGAAAGCGAACAUAUUGUCUCAUCAGAAGACGAUAAAAAUAGUGCUACGAAUGAAGUCGCAAAUACCGACGUCGCAGCAUUAAAAAGACAGGCCACUGGACAAGCUGUAGCAGAAGGGGCUUCCUGGUUGAAAAAACAUUCCCGAACAGUAGCAGAUCAUAAUUCGAUUUUGCAUGGAACGAAACCAACAAACUUUUUAUCUCUUAGAAAAGAUGUUCUUGAGUACUUGAACAGCAACAAGCUUUCAGCUAUAUCGGCUGGCGGUCGUGAUGCAAACACUCACCGUCCCGAAAAGCCGUCUAGAAAGAAUUGUGACCCAAUUAUUCUGCUAUCUCCUUCAGCGUCAUCGUUGCUUACGAUGCAAAAUGUUAAACGAUUUCUGGAAGAUGGUGUCUUUGUCCCGCCUGCAGAAGCUUCCAAACUUGUUGGAGGUGGCCGUGGUCCCGAACUAAUCGCUCUUUCACACAAAAGCUCCCGUGCGGAAUUUGGCACGAUGCGUUUCAUCGUUGUCGAAGGCGUUGAAAAGUUCAAGCCAGAUUAUUGGGACCGUGUGGUGUGUGUCUUCACCACGGGUCAGGCAUGGCAAUUUAAAGACUACAAGUGGUCGGAGCCUCACCAACUGUUUCACCAUGUGAAGGGCUUCCUUGUUCAGUACGUAGGUGACCCACCUCAUCCUGCAACUCGUGAUUGGAAUGUUGAAGGCAUCUCCGUCGAACGCCUUCGUCGUCACACAGAUCGUGAAGUUGUAAGUCAGCUCUGGGAUAAACUUGAACGAUGGAUGGAAACUCGGUGGCCGCUCUGGCACAACCGUCGUUAAAGUGAUUUUGUAGAAUGAAAAAAACAUUUACGAAUUUGCCCAUGUUUCCUCUUUGGCGCAUUCUCACAUCACGACUUGGGAUUCCAUACCUUACACCUACGUUUCACCAUAAAGCUGCAUGUGCAAUUCCUCUCAAUUGUCCAUAGCUUCUAUAUACACAUAAAGAAUGAAUGAUAUUUACCAACCUACCGAAACAAACCCAAACAUUAAAAUCCAUGUAUUCUUCUU